AUGGUUUUUAGUGCAGUACGUUUUGAAGGAAAGCCGGUAACAGGGCCAAUGAUUGUUGAAAAGGCAAAGAAAUUCGGCCAAGAUUUAGGAGUUGCUGAAAGUGAAUGUAAUUAUUCUGAUGGUUGGCUCAGAAACUUUAAGUUUCGGCAUGGAAUUCGAAGACUUGAUGUAACUGGAGAAACCCUUUCAGCAAACCCAAACUCUGCAGAAAAAUACAAAGACGAGUUUGAGAAAAUCGUGGCUGAUAAUGAUUUAACACCUGAACAGAUUUACAAUGCUGAUGAAACAGGGCUAUUGUGGCGAUGUUUACCAACAUCUACACUAGCUGGGGGAGGAGAAAAAGCAGCCAAGGGUUUUAAAAAAAACAAAGACAGAUUAACCGUUUUGCUAUGUGCUAAUGCGUCUGGAAACCACCGAGUGACCCCUUUUGUGAUAGGUAAAUCUGCAAAACCCAGGGCUUUUAAGAAUGUUACACACUUGCCUGUCCAAUACGAUGCUCAAUCAAAUGCGUGGAUAACUGCAGCCCUCUGUAAAGACUGGUUUUUUCACCACUUUGUGCCUGAGGUCAAGGAAUCCUUCAAACGCCUUGGUCUACCAGAAGAUACUAAAGCCAUCCUUCUUUUGGACAAUUGCAAAGCCCAUCCGCCAGUAGAUGAAAGGUCUUUCAUUCAAGGCCUGUUAAAUGCCUUGAAUUUAAAAGUAGUUAAAGCCUACUGUGACGUGACUGAUUUUCAAAAAAAGUUUACAGUAAAAGAUGCCAUCUAUGCUAUUGCACAGUCUUGGAACCAGACUGAUGAGGAAGAAAACCAUCAAGACGCUCUGACCAAAGUUUUGGAUGUCGUUAGAAGUACUGACAAUCCCUUGAAAAACCUGCCUGAAGAUGAGGUAGAGGAGUGGCUUUUAAUCGACGAGAAUGAGCCUGUUGAACAAGAACUAACCGAUGAGGACAUUAUCAACAUUGUAGUAAACCCUCAGCCUACUCAAAAUCUUGAAGAAAAAAUGACUCAGAUGCCGAAACGGAAGAAAAGGAAAAAAUCAGCUGGCAGAAGCUGCAGAAUCACUAAAUAA